AUGAAGCGGAUGCGUUGUGCAGGCUUACUCCGGGAUCAAUUGCUCCCAAUUCGACAUCCGAGCGCUCGGAUGUUCCCGCCCCACCAUAUACGGAGAACACCCCACUUCACCGCUACGACGACCACCACCACCACCACCAAUCCAAGACCACUCUCAACCAGCACGAGAAACCGCAAUUCCGCCACCACCACCGCACCAGCACCAGUAGAAACCUCAAACCCCAACCCCCCCGCAACCACCUCCCCCGAACCCCCACAACCCUCGUCGUCGCCUCCUCCUCCUCAAACAGCACCAACAACCCUCCCGCCCUGCCGCUCCCCCACCACCUCUGCAAAGCUAGCAGCGCUACACGCCCGCCUAAGCCUGCACCCAAAAUUCCCUGUGCAAACACUAGCGCGCGCGCUCAUCCAUCCGAGCGCCGACCCGAAUCCACUCUUCAACAACCGCUCGCUAACAACGCUGGGCAGCGCGCUGAUAAACUACUACGCCACGGAAUGGCUACUAUGCACCUACCCGCGCCUACCAGCGGAAGUCCUACGAGCAGCUUUGAGCGCAUACGUGGGGGCGAAAGCCCUCGCGUCGAUGGGCCGCGAGUGGGGUGUCGAGAGCGCCUUCGAGCCAAGGGCAGACGUGGACGCUGGACUGCUGCAAUUCAAGCGUCUGCCACCGGGACCGGAAGUGGAGGCGAGCGGGUACAAGUGGUGGCAGGAGAAGGGGGAGAGGUGGACGAAUGGCGUGCCCGAGGAGGAGGCUACUGCUUCCUUCGUCACUUCUACCUUCGCUGGCGUUUACCUGCACGAGGGGGUUGGUCCUGUCAAGCAGUUCUUUCGCCAACACGUGCUUAGUCGCAAGUUGGACAUUGACAAGCUUUUCAAUUUCGUUCAACCCACCAGGGAGUUGUCCAGCCUUUGCUCCAGGGAGGGGUUCGAGCCUCCGAUUGCUAGGCACAUCAGUGAGACCGGGAGGAGAUCCAUUGCUCCCGUCUUCGUUGUCGGCGUCUACUCCGGCCUGGAGAAGAUCGGGGAGGGGCAUGGCGGGAGUAUGAAUGAGGCUAGGAUUAGAGCUGCUGUGAACGCGCUCAAGGGUUGGUACUUGUAUUCUCCGGCUCCGCAGGUGGACCUGCCGAGCAAGACCGAUGAUGACCCGCACGCUCCGUUUAGGCCCGCUGUGAUAGAUGUUGGGGAGGUUAUUGUUUGA